GGUAUGGCCAGAAAUUCACACUGACUCACAUCCUGGAAGUGCUCUCCUUCCUUUCUGAGCCCCCUUCUGAGGAGGAAAGCAGAGUGAACCAGCUGUGGCCAUUCUUUGCUCGGGCAGUACAGGAAGUAUCAAUUGAUUUCUUUUAUUAGAUAACCUCAUGCUACAAUGGCCCUGUUGCAUUGCUUGCUUCCAGGGAACAGAGAACCAUCAAUAAAACCCUGUUUGCUUUGCAGCCCAGGCGUGGGAAGUUGCUGCUGUGCCGAAGCUGUGCUGACAGGGCUGCAGCGAGUUCCUGGCUGGCUAGCCUGAAGCUCUCAACAAAUCCUAUAAACUGAUUAUGGUCCUUCUCCUCUGCAUCUUCACCUUUGCCAUGGUCCUGGUGCCAGAAGCCAAAGACCAAAGCAAGUCAGCCAAGGGGAGGAGAAGGGGCCCGGCACAGCCCCCCACAGCUGCCCCCGCCCUGGCCUGGAGCCUGGAUGACACCUACACCCCCAUGGAGGACUACGAGCGCAGCAUCCAGGACAUGGUGCGCCAGCUGAGGAACAGCUCUGAGCCAAGCGACACCAAGUGCCAGGUCAACCUGCAGCUCUGGAGGUCUAACCAAAGGAGCCUGUCCCCCUGGGCCUACAGCAUAAACCAUGACGCAACACGGAUCCCAGCAGACAUCCCCGAGGCCCGGUGCCUCUGCACCGGCUGCAUCAACCCCUUUACGAUGCAGGAGGACCGCACCAUGGCCAGCAUCCCCAUCUACAGCCGGCUGCCCGUCCGCCGGCUGCUCUGCCAGGGGCCGGGCAAGGUGGGGCGCAAGCCCUCUGGGAGGAAGAAGUGUCACAAGAAGUACCAGACUGUCAUGGAGACCAUUGCUGUGGGCUGCACCUGCAUCUUCUGAGCCUGCAGAGCUAACCCUAACAGCCCCUCACAGGCAUCUAACCAGCUUGCUCUUGCUUCCCAAGCAUCGCCAGGGCAAGGAGUGUGUCUGCACAAGGAGGCUGCAGCUGCAUAGCUCCAAGGGCUCCCUGAAAUCCCCUUGUGGGCUCUGUCAGCCUCAAGCCCAAGCAGCCACUCUGGGGACACCCAGCGCUGGGGCAGCCCCUGCAAGCAACCCAGCCAUGCAGCCCUGCCU